AAACAGAGAAAGAGAAGAGAGAAAGAAAGAGAGAGAGAGAGAGAAGGGGAGGGAGAGGGAAAAGCCGGAUGACCAGACAGAGAGAGGACAGCAUAAAUGAAAUCUUUCAGCUUGAGAAAACGGUUUUGCAUAACGAAAGACCGCGACAGAGAGAGCUGAACGAAAAAGAGACUGGAGAUAAAAGUGUAAAACAACAGGAAGAGCCCCCAGACGAGCGGUCCGACCCCCGUCGCUGUGCAGAGGGAAGCCAUGGCUGGCGCUCUCGGCUGCCUGCUGCUCCUGAGCGGCCUCCCGUGCGUGGUCUCCCUGACUUGUUACACCUGCCUGUUUCCCGCCAUUUCUCCUCUGGACUGUCUGAAGUUCCCCCAGCAGUGUCCUCCAGACCAGCGCUGUCUGUCCAGCACCGCCAUCGGCACGCGCGGAGACUCUAACCCUGUGGUCCUGUAUGAGAAAAGCUGUGCUGUGGCCUCCCAGUGUGGCCUGAGAGGCCAGAAAUACACCAUGGGCCUCAACUUCACCUACAGCAAUGAGUGCUGCGACACUGACCUGUGCAACGCUGCCCCCUACAGGCCUGGGGGUCCCACGCUCUACCUCCUUCUCCCCCUGGCUCUCGCUCUGUGGUGAUCUGCCCCUGAGGUCAGACGUCUCCAAAGCUGGAGUCAGCCACCGUGUCUGCUGGCUGGAUUCACAAGUCAUUGAUCGGCUAGAAUCCACACAUACAGACACACAUGCAUGUAGGCGCGCACGCACGCACACACACGUAUGCACACACACACGUGCGCGUGCACGCACACAUGCACGCACACACACGCAUGCACACACACAUACGCGC